CGACGGGGAGACCAGUGGAUGUGAAGGAGUAAUGAAUGUAAUGUGUGUGAAUUGAUGAGUAGGCACGCUCACAAGGCCGUUUCAAGAGAGAUGGAAUACCGGAACACUUGUGGAACGAAAUUAUAUCUGUAUUGAUUGAUGGCAUUCGGAACUAUCUACGUGUAUAUGACUUCCUCGCUUUGGAAGGAUCAUUUAAAUUCCUCUUCCCUUCCUAAUUCCUUGUACGUCUUUUACAUCCCUAAACUCCUCUUCUGCGUCACCCUCAUCACCCUCGUCGGACUCGGCAUCGUCCUCGCCAUCAUCUUCACCCAGGUCUCGGACGCUCCCAGCCUGAUCGUGCACCCCAAGGACUUGCUGGUGAUGGAGAGUUGGAAGGACAGGGAGGAGACUCGGGAAUACAUGGCCUCCUUGAACGCUUUCGCAGAUUUGUACAACGGCCCGGCGGGGGAGGACCUGAUGAGUUGCUCCGUGGGCGACGAUAAGGGGGACGGCCAGUGCAUAUUCCAGAUGUCGUGGCUCCAGAGUCCCUGCAGCAAGGACGAGGAGUGGGGCUUCAGGGACUUCAAGCCUUGCCUCCUCCUCAGCUUCAACGAGCCCCGAGAUUGGGUCCCCGAGCCAUACACGUACCCAGAUGAGCUGCCGGAGGAGAUGCCCAAGUCACUUCGCAAGCACAUCAAGAACGCUUUAAAAAACGGUAACUCAACAAAGUUCUUGUGGGUGUCCUGUGGAGGGGAAUACCCGGCCGACACUGAGGCGCUGGGUGAGCCGGUCCUGUCCCCGUGGCCAGGCUUCCCCUCCUUCUACUUCCCUAUGCGCCACGACACCAGUCAGGAAGCCACGCCUGUCCUCGGCCUCCAUAUCGCCAACGCCCAAAGCAGCGUGCUCAUCAGCAUCGUGUGUCACUUCUGGGCCAAGAACCUCCCGAUCCCUUACGUCGCCGCCCGCAUCGAGUACCUCAUGAUCUGAGUGUGUGUGUGUGUGUGUGUGUGUGUGUGUGUGUGUGUGUGUGUGUGUGUGUGUGUGUGUGUGUGCAUGCGCGCGCGCGUGCUAAUGGUGGAUUUGUAUGAUCUUGAUUCUGUAUUCAUCAAAAUAUCUAUAAAACACGCGCAACGCAAUUAACUGACAAAUUCGACAGCUAAAUCAAGUGUAGCUACUUCAGUUAGGUUUUCUGGAACUAAAAGUUGAAUAUGUUUAGCGUGCCUAAUGUAUUACGGGAUAUUUUUGUACAAACUGAGGGUCUAUCCUGAAAGGUCAGUGAAAAAUAGUUGUCAAUGCCAAAGAAAGCCAGGCCAUCAGGUAGACAUGUUUUCAUGAUAUUUAUACAUAUAGGUCUGGUGCACUACAUAUUUCUUAUCUCAUGUAUUGAGCUAGUAGAAAAUCGUUAAGAGUUGCUGAGCUUUCGUUUGAAAUGUCAAGUAGAUAGUAUGAUUUAUAGAGGAAUUGAAAAUGAAGCUAAUACCCCCACACCUGAUGAGAGGAGGGGCUCAGGAGUGGAACUACGGCUGCAAGGAGAGGAGAAUCUUGCACGGGUUUGAUGGGGUGGUAGCCAGGUAUUCUUGUUGUGAACUUUGCAACCAUAUUAUAUGUUGUCCAUAAGGCUUUCGAUGCCCCUGCCGUUGUGCACUUCAAACAACUUAGUGAGUCACCAGAGGCUGCAGCUUCGGGUGACUCAGUAAGCUCUUAUGCGGAGUGGUGACCUCACCGCCACCAAAACUUUCUUUUAGCUGGAUAUAUAACUUUUAUUUUUUAUUCAUUUUUUGUGGGUCAUAGCUUUUUAUCUAUUCUUCCAUAUAUCUAGAAAUUCUUUGUUCCUUCUCACUUCUCUGCCUCAGUGAAAUAACGCUAUAACAUCCCUCUCACACCUAGUUACUAAGAUGAUGCGGGGCGUUGAGUUGUCGUGGCUCGCUCAGCUGGACGAUGCAAUAACUUCCUUUCUCUUCUCUUUUUUAAAUAUAGGAUAUACGUGUCUUUUAUUCGAGUGAUGACUAGUAAGUUUAUGUUGGUGGUCACAUUAUAGUGUUUGUGUAAGUAAUGAAUAAAAAUGACCAAACAUU